AUGAUUCUUCGGUACGUAUCAGGUGGGAAGACGCCUGUGCUGCCGCGAGAGCGGUACAUCGAGCUUGGCUAUCAGGUGGCGAUCUAUCCUGCGACCGGCUUCCUUGCCAUGGGGAAAGCUUUGGAGAAAGUCUACAGGUCUUUGCGGAACGAGGGCGCCUCAGCUGAAUG